AUGCUCUACGGUCUUCUACUGGAAAGUUGCCGUGAUGGAAUUAUAGUUGCUUAUGGACAUGAGACAUGGAAAAGGAUCGUACAAGAACUUGGUUUUCAACAUGAAACAUUUACCAGACUUGGUAGAUACAAUGAAGAUACCCUUCAAAGAAUCGCGGAAUGCUUGACUAGUGUUAUGCGUGAAGGUUCGCCUGAUUACUACAUGGAGUUCUUUGGCAAGUGUUUCAUUCGAUACUUUACAACUUACGGUUACGAUAAGAUUUUACGAGUCGCUGGCAGACAUUUUGGAGAUUUUCUUCAUGCAAUCGAUCAAUUGCAUGAUUCAAAUCGGUUUUCCUACCCACAAAUGAAGUCACCAUUGUUCAGUGUUGCAGAGGAAGAUGAACGUGGAGUUGUGAUGAUGUAUAAAACACGCCGUCGUGGUUUUGAACACUAUGUUGUCGGGCAACUCCGUGAAUGUGCGAAGAAAUUCUACGAUCAAGAUAUUCAAGUAACGGCACAAGAAGAUCUGUCAACAAGUGAAUAUACUCGGAUCAUGUUCCGAGUAGACUUUAAUAAUCACGUCAUAAAACAGACGACUUCUCAUCUAACAAAACAGCUUUCGCUGACAAACGUUACAGGCUCGACGUUUUUCAAAAUUUUUCCAUUCUGUGUCGUGAUUGACUCGGAGAUGCGAAUCAGUCAACUUGGACCGCGUCUUCAAAGUUUGUUCACUGAUGACAGCCGUGUCGUCGGUAAACACAUUAGUGAUGUCUUUACUUUGGUUAGGCCUGACAUUCUGCACAUCGAAUGGGAAAAGUUUCUGAAGUACGGAAAGUCGGUUAUCUUCGUUAUGCAGAACUGUAUUCCUUUGAAACCAGAACUGAACAAGCUGGCAAAGAAUCGUACAAUAAAGGAUCAAAAUACAAAUAAUGGUAAAUCUCCAUCGACUAGUGCCGGAUCAAUUAAGUUAAAAGGCCAAAUGAAAUACAUUCCAUCAUGGAACAAAUUGGCCUUCCUUUGUCACCCAAUGCUGAGUACAGUAGAAGAGAUGCUUUCUAUUGGAUUAUAUCUCAGCGAUUUGAACUUCUACGAUGGUAGUAGCGAAAUUUUGAUCAGUGGUAUUCAGCAUGCAAGGCAAUUGCAAGCAGCAAUCGACAAACAACAUGCAUGGAUAACGAAAUUACAACAUUCAAGAAAUGAACUACGUCAAUAUCGUGAAAAGGGGAAACGUCUUCUCUAUUCACUAAUGCCGCGGCAUAUUGCAAAGAUGCUACAGCAAGGUGUACUUGCAAAUUCCAUCUGCGAAUCACACAAACUGUUAACCGUUCUCUUUGGGUACUCGAUUGAUAUGAAAGAAAUCAUUCAAAAAAUGUCGCCAGAACAAGUCGUGGAUUGUAUCAACAGAACAGUCAAUGUCUUUGACACAUGUUCAGAUAAAUUCGACGUCUACAAAGUUGAAACAAAGGCUGAUUCGAGUUAUUUGAUUGUAGCUGGUAUUCAAGAUCGGAAUGCGUAUAGCAAUCGACAUAAUUCAAACGUGAGUCUCAAUACAACGUCUUCAUCGAUCGGUGAUGAUCCCAAUACUUCACGCAGUCGUUCGUCCAGCACGAAUCAUCUACAGAAUGAGGUGGGAGAAGAAUAUGUCGAGAGCGCACGCAAGAGUAACCUCGCUCGUCAAAACUCAAAGAAUCCGUACAAUUUUAAUCAAGCCGAAAUUAUCUGUGCACUUGCUCUCGAGUUACUGACUGCUUCACGAUCCAUGAUCAAUCCGUUAACAAGACAACCAUUUCGAAUGAAAUUCGGUUUUCAUUCGGGCCCAGCUGUUGGUGGAAUUGUUGGCCAUCGUAACUACCAGUACUGUCUCUUCGGCGAUACAGUCAACACAGCUAGUCGCGUGGCAACAUGUGGUGAAAUUGGAAAGAUCCAGUUUAGUGCUGCGUCUUACGAACUCUUGAAGGAUUCAAUCUACUUUGAAACAGUUUGCCGAGGGAAAACUGAAAUGAAGGGCAAAGGUUUCAUGGAGACUUACUAUCUCCUCGGUCCAACGCCGGUUUAUCUUUCACUUCUCGAAACAACCAGAAAACAGUCCAUUAACGUUUAUAAUUCUCAGAUAGAAAACCAGGAAGAACUUGUUAAACUCGAUUCGGACGUUCCUAUACAUACCAAUCCGAAAGUGCCUGAUAUCAUGUUUGAUGAUGAUGAUGAUGACCUGAGCGAACGAAUGUCAAUUUUAACUCAAACGAGUCCUUCAGUAAAACACAACGUCAUCAAUAAAAUGGCAGAAAAACAAUUAUCGUGUCCAUUUAGUUCAACUGCCUUCUUGUAG